AUGAAUAUCAAAGAUUUACUUAAUCAUAAUUCCAAAACCAGAACAGAUGGUCAUAUGCUUAAUGAUUUGUUUGUUGUAGAACACUCAAACCGAAUUGAAAUCUGUAUUAUUGCUCAAGCACGCAGAAAAUUUAACAACAGAAACAAGGGCUCUAUUACUGCCCCUAUAGAUUUUGCCAAGUUCUUGGCUGCAGGCAAUAAAACAACACCAAGACAUUUGCGUGUCCGUAAUCUAGACAGAGUGUACAAUGUUCCAGUAGAACAUUUCACUGAUUAUGAAAAUCUUGUUCCCACAUGCGUGUCCAACAGUCGUGCACAGACUAACAAUGUCUCUCGUGAAGUCUAUGACAAAUGCAUAAAAAUUGUUAAUAAGUACAUGGCAGAACUUGGAUCCAAUGGAUGCUGCAGGUUCUCAACAGUUGAAGAAAGAGAUUUCAUCAGUGAGGACAGGUACAAAGUGGAAAAAGCAAGUGCAAAGACUACACAGACCUUCUGGAUUGUGCCUCUCUCAGAGCAACUGAGAUUCAAGCUUGCCCACCCUGAGAAAAGGGCAAAGAUAGCCUAUGAUACAAGGUGUUUGGCUGAUAGAUGCGAAGAUAGAUAUGAAAACAUCUUCAGUAGAGAUGCAGUCAGAUGGCUACUUGAUUGUGGAGUGGUUGGUCAGAAUGACGUUUUGUUCAACACAUUUAAAAAUAUCAAAAGGACAUCUUCUGUUAUUCAUAUUAUUAACCUGAAUAUCGAUUCUAAAGAAAGAUACAAGGUAGGUAACAUGAUACAGUUGGCUAUCAUAUUAAGACCCAACCAUUCAAAAGAUAUCACUUCGUUUUUGGAGCCUGUUCUUGAUGACCUGAGAAACUUGGGGGCAAAUGGCCUGCAGUUCCAGACUGAUUCUGAACCAAUGUACGGCGUCAAAGGGCCCAACAUCUUCAAGGACUUGCCCACAAUGAUCAAUAUUGCUUUCUUUGGACUGGGUGAGAUUCACCUUCUGGGUCACAGUACAGGCCAGCAGCUUUACGUUGCACUUGGAGGAAAGUUUUGUCCUUGGGCCAGCAACAGUGGCAGAAGCGCACAUGGCAUUCAUUUGCAAGAUUGGUUAAAGCACCACAGGUACCCAUUUGCUCUGGAUAUCAGCCUAGAAGAUAUUGACAAAGCAAUUUGCACAUCCAGAACCAAUAUACCAGCCGAUUUUACAGGAACAGCCAUUGGUUGCUGGCAUGUUUUCCUCAAUUGUGAGAUCGUAGAAAAGAGGCUGAAGCCUACAAUUUUUGUGAUGAACCAGCAUAUGCUGAUUCAUCUCGGCUAUAUGAUAUGGGAAAUGGACCCUCUAUGGGCAUACAGUUGUAGGCCACUUGAACGGGCAAUCAGUGUCUACAGUGCGGCCAUCAAGUUGAGAAAAAAACCGGGAAAGAACAUGGAGAAUCUCUUACUCAGAAAGGCCGCAAUCAAUCACUAUCUUGGUUGCCAAUUUUUCAUUUGCACCACAAAUGACAGAAGGGCUAGCAACUUUGAGGUUGCAAGUAAUGAUGUUGCUGGUCCUCAACUUUGGUUCAGGCCAACUCAAAGCUCUCUGGUUGAGCUGGCUGCCACCAUUGGCAUAGAGUGCCAGAACUUGGUCCGCAGUUUGAUACCUUUCUGGGCAAGAGAAGGCGCUGUUUCCAUUGAGGAAAAUGAUGAAGUGGUUUGCAUCAACAAGAUGUGGAAAGUCUCAGUAGUCUAUAGAGUUCUGUUCUCUGUUGACAGCAGGCAUGGUCGAGCAAACAAUCUUGCUGUGCUUGAAGAUGCCAGGGAAUAUGGUUUUAUUUUUAAAUUCUUUUCCCAAACCGUCAACAGAGUGACCAGACUCUUUGUGGCCAUUGACUGUAUUUCUGAUGUUCAAUGCGUGAACCAGGGUCUUUUCUCUGCGUGGGAUAGUCUAGACUCUGGUGUGGUAAAGGUGUUGGACAUGAAGUUCAUUAUGGGAAUUGCUGGCCUCGGUCAUGACACAAACAAUGAGACCAUGCAGCACAUUAUCUGGCUCUCGCCAAAAUACUAUCAGUAG